AUGUCUGCCACACGCCGCGCCAGGCCUAGGGCACCCUCCGAAGACCCAAACGACCUGCCGCCCUACGAACCCCUCGAACUCACUCUCUCCGACAACGUAGCCCGCUCCCUCAACGCUCUUGCCACUGGACGUGACUCCCGCCGAUAUGAAGAACACAUCCGCAAAGCCACGACCCUGCUGGGCCGCAAUGUCGCCGCCGCAAACGACCGCCUCGCCGAGCGCCAGGGCGACCUGCAAACGACCCUCGCCAAGCGGGCCGCCCGCGGCGCAGAAAAGACGCCCGCCGAUCUCCAUCUCGAGGCCUGGAUCGCCGAGUUCCAAGCCGAGGUUGCCGCGCUGACGACCGAGUCGGAAGCCGCCGUGCGCGACCUCGUCGACCGCAAGGCCGCGGCCCAAGACGAAAAGGACGCCAUCGCCGCGACGGCCGACCACAUCCAGACGCCCACUUUGACGGUGACGAACGAACGGCGCCGAGCCCGACCUGCCCGCCGCCCCGCGGACCCCCAUCCACGACAUCCUACAGGGCGUGCGCGCGGAACAAAGGCGCAGGCCUACGCCGCGCUGCCCGCCGUACGAGCGCUACCCCUUCAACAACGACUACGCCGCCUUCAAAAGGUUCUGGCACGACGCCCACGGCUCGGCGACCAGAACGUGCCGGCUGCCGGAUCCCGGCGCGCUGGUUUCGACCGCGACGCCAAACCCCGUCGCCCUCGGCCCCGGGGCGGUGCGGGGGCGCGGCCGCCGACGGCAACGACGGCGACGGCGGACGGAGAAAGACGAAAGAUCUCAUCAUCGAAAGGCGAGAUCCACAGCUUCAUCUGCCCCGCUGUCGCUUGCAGCCCGCUGACGCAGCCGGUUCAGCAAACAACAAGUGGCAGCCACACGUUCCAGAAGGAGAGCAUCCAGGCGUGGUUUGCCGAGUCGCGGAACCAGGAGAGGACGUGUCCCACGACGGGCUGCAAUGUGCAACUCAAACUCAGGGACUUUUACGGCGACGAUCUCAUCCUUCGGAAAAUCCUGCGCCAGAAGAAGAGGCUGGCAGCAGAGGCUGCUGCCGCUGAGGAGAUAGACGACGAGAGUGAUGAAGACGAAAGCGCCGCGGCGGCGGUCGCAAGCCGUCAAAAGGGAAAGGCGGGGCAGCGACGACGAAAUAGAGGAUGA